UCUCUCCGCCUGGAUCCCGGCCUCAGUCCCGCUCACUGCUCGGAGAUAGACAUGGAGAAGAACCCCAGCAGCAGUACCAACUCCAAGGUUCCGCCCCGUUCCAGCUCUACAGGCCCAGCACCAGGAGAAUCUAAACCCAAAACAGAAAGUAAAAAUAAUGGAGGUUCAAAGCGCUACAACCGUAAGCGCGAACCCACCCUUCCUAAAGCAGACAGUUACCCCGGCCCUCGUCGCACCAAUUCACAGAAAAGCAAGAAUUUUGACAAGAGACCCCCCCAGAGAGGUGGAGGGAGGCAGUAUAGUGUUGCAGGUGGAGGACGACGUGAGGAGGUAGCCGAGACCCGCCGGGCCGAGUUUAGCCCGGCUCAGUUGGCUGGACCGAAAAAAAUAAGCUUAAACCACCUGUUGAACUUCACUUUUGAACCAAGGGGAGGUACCGGUGCUGUCGGGGAUGGAGGCAACUCCUGUUGGGGACGGCGUAACAAAUGGGGCCACAAGCAUAAGCCCUUCAUCAAGGAGCUUUUUCUGCAGGCCAAUUGCCAGUUCCUGGUGAGUGAUGAACAGGACUACAAGGCCCACUUUACUGAUCCAGAUACACUGGUCAACUGGGACUGCGUCAAGCAAGUGAGAAUCUACAGUCAUGAGGUGCCGACUUGCCCCAUCUGCCUCUAUCCUCCUGUUGCAGCCCGCAUCACUCGCUGUGGGCACAUCUUCUGCUGGACAUGCAUGCUGCACUACCUGUCUCUGGCUGAGAACAGUUGGUCAAAGUGUCCCAUCUGCUAUGAGGUGGUUGACACUGCUGACCUGAAGAGUGUGGUUGCCAUGGAGACCAAGCAGUAUGCUGUUGGCGACGUCAUCACAAUGCGUUUGAUGCGGCGAGAGAAGGGCGCUUUAGUGGCCCUGCCAUGCUCUCAAUGGGUGAAGGUGGAGGAGCCUGUUCGCUUUGGAGAUACCGGAUUGAGUCCGUACUCCAAGCUGCUGCUGACGUCUUCAACCCAGGUGCGCAACCUGCUGGCCGAGGACAAGGGCGUCCUGCAGGCUCAGCUUUGUGAGGAGGGGGAGGAUGCCCAAGGAUGCUUCAUCCAAAGCGCACUUUGUCUUCUGCAGGAACAAGAGGAAAUCCUGCUGAAGCAGCAAAACCGAAACGCGGAGGGCAGCCUGAAUGUGUCCUCCCUCACUCUGGAAGAGCCUGCUUCUGCUGAGGAAGAGGAAGAUGAGGUGGUCACUCACACCAGCAGUGCCAAGCCUGUGCUGCAGUAUUCUUCUGCAUUCGAUGACGAGGUUGCUGAGGUCCCAGAGGAGACGACGGAGGAGCAGCCAGACGUUCUGGAAAAGGUUUUAGAGAGCGUGACGGAGGAGAUUCCCGAGGCUGUAAAUGAAACAGCCCCUCAAAUCCAGCCUGGCGACGAGGUCCCUCGAUGUCAGGCAGUACCGGGCCACUCUUCGUCCAACGUGGUGCAUGGACCCAACUACUACUUCUACCAAGCUGAAGACUGCCAGCAGAUGUUCCUGCACCCAGUGAAUAUUCGCUGUCUACUUAGAGAGUACGGCAGCCUGGAGGCCAGCCCAGACACCAUCACCGCGACCGUGGUGGAGAUAUUUGGACACACUGUCACUGAGGACAUCCGCCGCAGACACCGCUACCUGGCUCACCUGCCUCUCACGUGUGAGUUCAGCAUCUGUGAGUUGGCCCUGCAGCCGCCCACCCUGUCCAAAGAGACCCUGGACACCUUCGCUGAUGAGUUGGAGAAGAGAAAGCGCCUGAGACAGAAGAAGGCCAGAGAUGAGAAGCGGAGAGAGAGGAGGAUUGAAAUCGAAGAGAACAAGAAGCAGGGGAGAUAUCCAGAGGUGCACAUAGGACUUGAGAAUCUCCAGCAUUUCCCUGCGUUUGGGUCUCCACCUCAUUACAGUAGCUCCCUGAACCAACCUGACUUCACUCUUGCUCCACCCUCGCCUAUGAGCUGCACCCCACCAUCUGUUUUUGUUGUUUCAGAUGUGAUGACUUUUCCAAGUCUGAAUGGACAAAGCCAGUCCCCAGCUGUGGGCAGCGUGGAGGACGACUCCCACUGCAUGUCCUUCGCAAAGAUGUUAAGGGACGGGAAGGCCAGAGCUGAUGCUGGGCACAGAAUCACUCCCAAGAAAGACAAACUGCUCGCUCCUCCAGCUGCUGACAGCGACGGAGAGAGCGAUGGGUCAGAUCGUGCCCCGGUGCCCAACUUCCAGAACUCCUUCAGCCAGGCCUUUGAAAAGGCUCUCCUUGAGCUGGACACGCCACCUUCCCCGCCGCACGUGGUUGUCCCAGAUGAAAAAAGUGGGAAGAAGAAAAAGAAAAAACAGAAACUUCUGUUCAGCACUUCCAUGGUUCAUACAAAGUAGACAACACUGAAGUUUAAUUGACCGCAAUGUUUGCUACUUCAGUUUUGUUAUUGUCCAUUGCAGGGUUUUGGCAGCGCUACAUACUCUUUGAGUCGCAUUAUCAUUUUUGUCUUCAUUUAAAAUGCUCUUACCUUCCAUUACACUGAACUAGCCAAUAGCCGACGUUGGGCGACUAUAAAUGCACCUGGGUGUUGCUAACUGUGCCAGACCAUCUUGAUCUGAAUUUGCUUGUGUGAGCGCGAGUUGCAUGGAUUAUAUUCUUUGACGGUGUUUCUAUUGAAGCAGUCAACCAGCUGCCGGUACGUCGCACCAGUUAAAUGUUAUCCAUGAUAACUCUGUUUGCAAACUUCGACUCAGUUCCCGGAUUGAUCAUGACUCAGACUAAAAUAUCUCCUUGGGAUCUAAAGGCCCUGGAACCUCAUGGCAAUACAAAUUAUUAUCGGGAAGUGGAGACAGUAUUUUUAUAGUCAAGGUUCUGGUAAAACCAUACAUGUGCACUUUUCCUCCUCUUCUCCCGUAGAAUGUUCAUCAGCUUUUACCUCCAAUGUCAAACUCAGUGUUGAAUUUGUGUGAAGUUGGAGAGUUGUUGAAAAGUAAAGAUAUCUUGUACUAUUCAAGAAAAACAA